GACAUACUUCCUCAAAAUUUAAUGGUUGAACGAGUCAAUUUCUCAAUAAAAAACGUGGAACUUUACAAACGGCACCUUUCCGACGUCAAAUUUCAAAUAGCACAAGAUGACGAACUAGAAGAGCGCGAGACUGAUCAAUCUUCAUGUAGUUCGGCCAAAAUUCUGGAAUUGGCUCGUUCAACCAUUAAAUUUUGA